AUGAGCCAUGUGCCAAAUUCCACCGAAGAAAUCGUCAAAAACUACUUGGCGGCAAGGUCGAUGGUGACAAGUCUGAAAGCGUUCGAUCAAGAAUGCUCCUCUGCGAAAGAUGCCAAUUAUCAGGUCGACCGUUGUAUCGACGAAAUGACAGAAGCUAUUGAUAAACACGAUGUCGACACGUUAUGUGCAAUGUGGGAGUCGUGGAAUGCUCGAGUUUUCCAUAGUCUUGACGCGGAAGGAAUCAAACAGGCACAAGGUUAUGAAGCGAGUGCAUACCGAUUGUUUCUUGUCAGAUGUGUCCAGAAGAAGAACAUCACCAAAUGCAACGAAUUCUUCAGGAAAAUGUCUUCGUUAACACUGAACAACCCACAGUGGACGGAUUGGUUCGCAUUCCCUUACAAUCAUCAUGCCAAGGACACGGAACCGUUUCGCAAGUACUUCGAUAAAACAUGGAUUGAGAUAUACUACGUGUCACUGCACAACUUCCUCUCGACAAGCUUGGCAACAGUGUCACCUAGUGUUAUUGGUACAAUUGUGGAAGGGAUUGCAAGAGAUCCGCUUGGAAGUGACCACGUAGAUUUCGACGAAGAACUGAUUGACGAUUUCGCCGUGAUUGCACAAUGCUCAGCACCAGUGAAACGUGGCCACUCCAAACCAUCUCUGCGGACGCUGCUGAAAUCUUUGACAAGCUCAAAGAAGUCUUCUCCCUCAACCGACUGA